AUGUCUAUUCCGCCCGAAGCUCUGCAGAAACUCGUCCAAGAAAUCGAGUCGCAAGCCAUUGCCUCGCAACAGCAGAUCGGCGUUGUCAAGGCUCAGAUCUCUACAAAGCAACGCGAUAUCCGGCUUCUGCAACUGACCUCGAGCGAGCUGGCAUCGCUGCCAAAGGAUACUAAUGUCUACGAAGGCGUGGGCAAGAUGUUUAUCCAUUCGCCGAUAAAUACCGUCGACAAGCGACUAUCUUCCGAAACCGAGACGCUCAAAAACGAUAUCACCGGGCUGGGGAAAAGACUGCAUUACCUUGAAACGACGCACCAGAAGAGCAAAGAGCACAUUGAGCAGAUAUUUAAGGGGAGCAGCGCAUAA